CGAGCUGUUGCGAAGGAGUUGCCCCUCUCGCAACAGCAUCAAAUUUAUGAUCUCUCUGGGAGGAAUAUUCGGUAUGUGAAUUUUCGAACAAAAUGAACACGUUUUGAGUCCUUCUGAACAAGUUGACCAUGCGUUUGUGAGGCCCUGGCUAAUCCUCCACGGAUGGGUCUGGUGGUGCCUAUCGCCUGAGACAUCAGUUGCAUUCCCCGGCGAGACGCAGACGGGAUGGGGGAGCGGUCGGACCGAGCCCCUCUGCUGGACUGGGAGGAGAUUCCGUCCGCGGAGAAGCCCACCGGUGCGGACUCCAAGGACCGGCUUUCGAGUCCGUCCAACAGCCUCGGAACAUCGCCGGUGCUUGGGUGGAGCUGCGGUCUUGGGGUUCCAGACGGCUGCGGCGCCCCGCCCGCGACCUCCAUCACCCAGUCGGGAGCGGACGGAACACUGCGCCCCGACGCGGUGGAGCAUCCCUCGGAUUCAGGACCCGGGGAUGUGCCGCUGGAAGACCGGAUGGUGACGUGGGAGGAGAAGGACCAAAUCGUGUCUGUUUUCGUGGUUACCUUCAACACUAGAACAGGCAACAUGCUGGAGUGGUGUCUGCCCAAGGAUAUGGACCUGGAAGGUGUGGAGUUCAAAGCCAUAGCCAGCGGCUCCCACAGAGUUACCACAGAUUUCAUAUACUUCCGGAAAGGCUCCUACUUUGGGCUGGCUUGCUUCGCCAACAUGGCUGUGGAAAGCACGGCGGAGCGCGGUGCCCGGAUGAAGUCUGUGGGCAUCCUGUCGCCGUCCUACACUUUGCUCUACCGCUACAUGAGCUUCCUGGAGCACCAAGUCAGGCUUCAGCUUCAAUCCCCUGGUCACUACUCUCCCUUGGAGGCCUUCUACGAGGACAAGAGGGCACUGCUGCUUCCUAGCGGGGAUGACGUGGUCUCAGUUUGCCCCAUAAAUGUCUGGGGGGCUGCCAUCAACCACAGCAUGCACCCGGAAAUGAAGAUUACCCACCCGGCGGGUUGCAUGUCCCAGUUCAUCCGCUUCUUCGGCGAGCAGAUCAUGGUGCUAUGGAAGCUCGCGCUGCUCCGGCGGAGAAUCCUCAUCUUCUCCCCGCCGCCCGUGGGCGUCGUCUGCUACAGAGUAUACUGCUGCUGUUGCCUGGCAAACAUCUCCAUCCCGGGGGUGGGCGCGGCCGUGCCCGAGUUCAGGCCUUUCUUUUACGUCAACGUGGCCGACAUCGGCGCUUUGGAGAACGAGCUGUCUUACGUCGCGUGCACGACCGAGAAGAUCUUCGAGGAGAAGCGCGACCUGUAUGACGUCUAUGUGGACAAUCAGAACGUCAAGACCUACAGGGAGGGUUUGAAACCGCUGCUGCGCAUAAGCAACGCCGACCGCGAGAAGUAUCGCAAGCUGACGGAGCAGAGGAAGAUGCUGCUGUACUCUCAAGAGGAGAAUGGUGACUGUGUAUCCAGUGAAGAAGAUCUCUUCAUUCUGUUUUUUCUAGAGCAGAACAACCGAAUUUUCCAGACCCUGAGCGAGGUGGCGGCCAGUCCUGACCCGACGCUGACCGCCGAAAGCGUUCGAGCAAUGGGUCUGGACCCGCAUGGCGACCGUCUCUUUCUCCUCCACUUGCUGGAAAUUUAUGGUUUCGACACACUGCUGGUGUCCGACCAGCUUUGCUGCAGCUGAGACACUUGCUUCCAGUCCAGAAAUAUCCGCUUGAUUUUCGUUUUAGAGUCUCUCUCCGGUGCCAGUGGGUCAGCAAAAUCCCCCACAGCGGAGACUGGAGGCUUUGUGACAUAACCAGUAAACAGCCUGGUAAAAGUAGCCUCCUGUAAAUACUAUUGUUUUUCAGGUGAAAGCCUAUUUGAAGCAUUUAUGUACAAAUCACCUCUUCAUGUGAACUGUCGUUUUAACUGUAUUCAAAGGAUGGAUCCUAUUUGGGGUUUUUUUAGCCGGAGCUGAGACCAAAUUGCAAUCUUUUCUAAAGUGGCGUCCGUGCGGACUUAUUUGCACGCUGCCAGCUGAGCCUCUGCAUACAAUGUCCAGUUGGGGGUUGAACGCUAAUCCAGACAAGCACAUGCCUGCAGGGAGGAAGCUAAGUCAUUUUUUUGCUUGUUCAGACUGGCAGCUAAAAUCUAAUUUUUAUCCCAUCCCUAUUGAAACUGGAUAGCUUUUUUUGUAGUCACAAAGCACAGAAAUCUGAUUUUUUACUGUCAGCGACAGUACUCUGCUGCCACAACAAUGUGUCUAUAAUGUUGUCCAGAUCCGAUUUGGACACUUGGUAAAAGUAGUGUGAACAGUCAGUCCUAAAAAACAGAUAUGCCUGCAGUCUGAACGUAGCCUUAACAUCAGAUUUGGCGUCAUGCAGGCCACAAAAAUAACAUUUGGUGUCCAAGUGUGACCCCCCAAAUGUGAUGUCAUCAGGUUUAAGUCCAGUGUUUUCGUGUAGAUUUUGAAUGACAAAAUGAAUGUGUUUUUUUUAAAGUCAUUCCAUCUCAUGUUAAAACCUUUUAUUUAUUUUACUGUAAACCAUUUCAGAAAUAAAGUACUCCACUUCCUGUGAGAAAAUACACGUUGCCUAUUUCUAAAGAACAAUUAAUUCUUCCCCGCUGGAUUCGCUGGUGCAGUCAUCAGAGCCCGUCACGGCUAGUUUGAGAGCAGCCAACCAGGCUUGUUUGGUGUCCGUGUCGUCACAGGUAAAGGUAUGGUUGAUUUUGGAUUGUCUUAAAUUGAAGUAGGAAUGGUCCUUAGAGGGAUCGUUGAUGGUGUAGCCCAGCAGAGGAAUACUUGAGAGGGGCUUCAUAUCCUGGAGAGUUUGAUGG